CCGGAAGUGACGCUGGGGCGAAGAUGGCCGCUCGCGGUACCUGCUCUCGGGUGGGGAAGGCGCUGGCCUGGGGGCGCUGCUGUGCUGUGGGCAGGAGCCGGGUGCAUCGGCUCAGCCUGCAGGAUGAUGUGAGGCAGAAAGUUCACCUCAGCACCUUUGGCUUCUUCAAGAGUGGGUUCAUGAUGGUCAAUGUCAGCAACCUUUCACUGGAGGGACCUUGGAGCCUUGAUGACAAGAGCAACUCAGCAUGUGAAAGUAGAGCCCUCUUCAGAAGCUGCCGCCCAGUUGCCUAAAAUUUUCUUCAUGACUGCCAAGACUGCCAUUGCGUUGGCUACCAAGACUUCAGAACAAACCCGUGAGUCUGAGCGCACGAAUGUGGGGAGCAACCAAAGUCCUGGUGGCCCAGGUGACAAGUCCAAAAGAAGCAUAACAGCAACUCAGAAUGUAAUGGAGCAAGUGCACAAUUUUCAUAAAGAUAAAGGAACUGUUUCAUUCCAGCUCUGAAAAUGAAGAAGGUCUGUACACUUUGCUUCCACAAGUGUGUUGGCAGUGUUGUGCAGACCAGUGAUCAGCUCCUCUUGAGCCUUGAUAUAGAGAUCAAGGAAAAGAACCCUGAAAGUUACCUCUCGGCGGGUGAGAUCCCACUUCCAAAGCUCUACAUUUCUAUGGCUCUCCUCUUCUUUCUUUCUGGGACCGUGUGGAUCCACAUCCUUCGUAAAUGCAGGUCCUGGCAAAUGUGGCAUACAUCAUCCUAGAGUCAAGAGAAGAGGCAACAACUGACCAUGGGAUGUGGAAAUGAAUUCUAUUCCUGGUAGACCUACUGUGUUGUGGAGCCAUCCUAUUUCCAGUAGUAUGCUAUUAUCCUAGCAAAGCUGAAGCUGUUCAGACAUUACUACAUUAUGCUGUUGGAUGAAAUGGCAACGUUUGUGUUCUUUGUUCUUACGGGGUACAAGUUCUGUCCGGCAACCCUUACCUACAUCUCUCUUAGGACGAUGAAGAUGACUUGAAGGUGGAAGCUGUGUUUCUGCUACCCUGGCUGCAUACUCGCUAUCAAAUUCCCCCAAGGGAGAGAAAGCAAGCAAACGCCUUAGAGUUAUCUACGAAAUUCACAAAAAGUCACUUCUUUGUAAAUUAUUAUGUGCCAGGAAAACAUCAAGAGAAAUAGUCUCAAGAACACAGGCAAAGGAAUCUGGGAGAAGGAAUAUGGGUCUUCAAAACAAAUGCUGUAGUGCUAUAGGCAGUAAAUCUCAUUAACGGGACUUUGUGUCAAGGCAGAAACCAGUAUAGUGACAAUAAUAAUCCCAUUUAUUUACAUAGCGCCAAAUAUAUCGUUGCCACUUUCCGAUAAAACAAAGGCAGAUUCCUCAAUGGCAGAGGGCGGAUCGAAGGACCCAAUCAGUUUCUUCCAUCCCUAACUUCUGUGAAUCUCAGAUAAAUAUACCACUUUGGAGAGAGGGGAGUGGGGGAAUCUCCGAUCUCCAUUAGACACUCAGCUCCAAGUUAGAGACAACAAGCGUUUCCCCUUCAGGCCCCAGAGGAAGGAAAUCAAUGCAUCUGCAGAGAAAGAAGAAGCCAUUGAGUUGUUUUGAAUGAAAAUGUGAUUGGGUUGUGGGGUUUUUUAGAGGAUUGAUCUAAAAGGAGAGUGAGGAGACAAGAAAGGGAGACAGAAGACAUUGGCCUGCUGCUGUCUGACUGGCAGAUUCCAGUUAACACCUUAUCAGCAGAGCAGCAGGCAGCAGCAAAUCCUCGCCCGCUGAAGCUACACAGCGAAAGGAAGAGGGGAGGGUGUUCUGUAACCAGGGACGACAACAGCAACACUCCACAGAGCUACCGGGAGGAUAGAGAGAGAGACACACACACAAUAACCUUCCUUCCCAGGCUGUGCAAGCAAGGGCAGGGGAGGAAAAACAAAUCCACCUGCAGUGUUUCAUUUUUUAUGAAGAGAAACCAUGACUGAAAUGUAACCACAGCUCUGGUCGCUGUAAAAAAACCGAACCCCAAAGCCCUCUCCCCAAGUGUAAUGUAGCAAUUCUGUUGGUUAGCGUUAUUCUUCAAUUGAAGAGUGGGGUAAACUCCUCCAGGACUGAAAUCCCAUCUCCCAGAAGGUGGGAGCACCACUAAAACAAAAGCAAUUCUUCCCUCUCCCCCUUACUCCAUUGCUGCUGCUGCUUUUGUGUUUUUUAAAGAAACAUUGUUCUAGGAAGGAGAGGAGAUUGGAAGAAGAACCCGAGGUGAUUUUGAAUUGUUUUUAAAGUCAAGGCAAGCCUUCGGAUGACCCCUCAGUGAGAGAGGGGGAGUUACAAGGCAAUAUAGUGAUUGAUGUACUGAGUGAUCUGGAGGAAGAGCUGCUGGGCAAUAAUGGGGAAAUCCAACAGCAAGUUGAAGCCUGAAGUUGUGGAAGAGCUGACCAGGAAGACCUACUUUACAGAGAAGGAGGUUCAGCAGUGGUACAAGGGCUUCAUCAAGGACUGCCCCAGCGGACAGCUGGACGCAGCUGGCUUUCAGAAGAUCUAUAAGCAGUUCUUUCCCUUUGGCGACCCAACGAAAUUUGCAACCUUCGUUUUUAACGUCUUUGAUGAAAACAAAGAUGGGAGGAUCGAGUUUUCGGAAUUCAUCCAGGCGCUGUCGGUCACUUCCCGAGGGACCCUGGAUGAGAAACUGCGGUGGGCGUUUAAACUGUACGACUUGGACAACGAUGGUUACAUCACGAGGAACGAGAUGCUGGACAUCGUAGACGCUAUUUAUCAGAUGGUGGGAAAUACGGUAGAGCUUCCAGAAGAGGAAAACACACCUGAGAAGAGAGUGGAUCGGAUUUUCGCUAUGAUGGACAAGAAUGCCGACGGGAAGCUAACGCUGCAGGAGUUCCAGGAAGGCUCCAAAGCCGACCCGUCCAUCGUACAGGCCCUGUCCCUCUAUGACGGACUCGUAUAGUCCCGGGAUCCCAAGCUGAGUUGCCUGGGGGAAGAUUCUUUCUGUGCCAUCAGACCACCUCAGUAAAGAAGCUUGCCUGUCCCUCUCCAGCCUUCCUUUAUGUUACACGAACAAGGGAGGCGCUUGAAGUGUGAGGUCAUCCCCCGCACCCACUCUGCACUCUGAAUUAACCGUGUCCAUUUGCCAACUUCCGCUUUCUCAACAACAACAAUAACAACAACAACAAAAGGGAAAAAAAGAAGAAAAAAGAAAGGAAAAAAAUAGAAAAAGAAAAAACAGCGAAUUUUUCAGCUUCUGGGGGUGGAAGGGAUCAUGCAUCGCUGUGUGGAGACCCCUCCCGCCUCUCGCUUUUACUUAGUAGAUUUUUUUUUUGGAACAGACUAAAAACACUAAAUAUUUUACAUUGUUUUCAUAGAAAAGCGCAGCAUGAAAAAGGAGCCAAAAGGUACUGCUGAGGUCUUGGAGCGGGCGGCUGCUGCACGCCGUCCGAGUGCUUGAUCACCAUCGGCUUCUGCUUUAUCGGCGGGGGGGACGAGGGGAUGGACGAUAAAAGGCAAUUGGAAAUGAAAGUUCCACAUCCCCUGCGUUUCCAGCAGCAGCCCAGCCGGCGUCGCUAGGGAGAUCUGUAUAGUUUUUGUGAUACAGUAUUGUGCUUUUUUUUUUUUUGAAUGGAAAAAGUGAGGCUUUUGUGACUAUGCCUCUCUCUGUUAUCGAUAUCUUUAUUUAUUUGUUGUAACCGUUGCUGCUGUGUUUAGUCUUUCGUGUGUUGAAACACCUAGGUGAUAAAAGUUGCAAGGUUUACACACUAUGGCAGGGGGAGGUAGCCUGCGAUUGCAAUUAAGCCAAAAAUAUUCUCCCCCCACCCCCGCCCAUAUACUGUGCUUUGUCGGCUGGUUGAUGUUUUACAGGGGAUAAUCUAACCCCCUUCUCCUUAUUCCCAUACCUCUAGUCCCUGCACCCUGCCCUCCCUCCUUCCUUCUCUUUAGAAACUCAGCUACUACCCCUGACAAAUCCCCAGGCUUGGACUGAACGCUCUCCUCCCCUCAACAAGCUGUAUUUCUGUUGCCCUUAUGCAUUCAUUUUGCCAUCUUGCCUUUGUGUAAAGCAGAAUGAUGAAAUAUACAGUAUCCAGACAUUUUUCUGCAUGAAAAGUAUUAAUGGGGCCAAUAUUGUUUGAGCUUUAAAAUGACCCUUCUUUUUGGAAAAUCCUGGGACUGUCGUGUAUCUGUCUUGCGGGGCGGAUGGGGAGUUAAAAAAAUGGAACUGUAUUAAGGCCUUGCUAAGCCUCCAGGAGGUUGGGAGCCUGGAGUCCCUGUGGGCUGAGAACAGAGAUGGCUGGUUGAUUGUACAGUGUAAUGUUUUUGAAAAGAACCAGCAGGUCAGUGGAGCUUAGGAGAGUUGUCUAAGCAAACUACAAUUCAUAGCUGUUUAAGGCAAAACCCAAAGCCUUGACACUGUCCAGAGCUACUUGACGCUGUCCAGGGGUGUCUCCUGUCCAGAGUGCUGCUUAGUGUCCUGGAGAAGGAAGAAUGGCUAUAGCCUCUUAGCGUUUUGCCACGUUUGCGCUCGUUUGGUGGUUUUAAAGUGCUCCUGAGUUUUGCGCUUCGGGCCGUGCAUUGAGAGAAGUCUUGUUCAGUGAGUCACAUCCAUUCCUACGGCGCCCAGUUUGGAUCACAAAGAUGGACCUGAGCUUUGAUAAACAGGAAAACGAUCAACAAAACAAAUCCGGCUUUGCCCCUUCCCCCAUUUCUGCUUGGUCUAUCGCCACCUUUGGGCGAAAUGGAAUAGCAGAAUAGACGCACAGUAGCAAACGCACCCAAGACUAGGGCAGGCAUUUGAACGGAAAGCCUCCUGCAGGUUUCCCUAGGAAGGUUUGUGCGGUGCCUGUACACAGAGCAAUUGUCCAGUGCACCAUGAACAUCAGAGACCUUUGCCUUUCCACCCGCGUUUUUGGUCAUGCACCCAGAGGUUGGUGCAUUCCCCCUGUUGUGCUAGCUAACCGCAGUGUUUCUAAGGCUCUGAUCACCAUGGGAUCCAAACACCAAGCAUUGUUCUGCUUCAGACUGUGUGUAACAAGAACAGCUGCAGAGUAAUGGAUUGGGAGGCAGGAGGAAGAAUCUGCUCUUGGGUUCUCCCAGGCAGUACUUGAAACCUCUCAGGGGAAACCUGUGAAAAGGGCAGUGACUCCAUCUUUCAGAGCUGAAAUUGCUUUUUCUGUAUAUAAAUCCCAGCCACUGUGCCAAGCACUGCUUCCCCUUCCUUCCUUCCUCUCCCACCAUAUCCCUACAGUGUAACCAGUGCAAGCUGUGCUUUGCCAGAGAUGAUUUACAGCCCAGGUGACCCAGAUUUGGCACUCGAAUGCCUGCAGGGUGGUGAAUGUGGGUGCCUCUUUGCACAGGGGCAGAUAUCCAUAGGAGGGGUGUCUCCUGUCUCCGUAGUCGGGCAGACUUCGAGAUCGUCCACACACCAGAGCUACAUAGAUUUGAAACAUGAACUCCGGCUCCGAAAACAGCUGACUUCAGUCGCUGGAACUAAAGAAGAGAUGUCCAUUAGCUGUCACCAGCAUUAAGGCUUCUCUUCUGCGUGGGCUGCGCUAGGGGCGAUAUGGGGACACACAGUCGAGUAAGGUCUGAUUCCGUCCAGCCGUGGCACAUUUGCACUAGCUUGUACAUAACACUGGCUUUCUUCCAGUACUUUGCAUUCCAUGUUCAGUCCUCCAUGUGUCACAGAGCACAGAUGUUUUAGGAUGGCAGCUGCCCCUCAAUCCCUGCUUGCUAUUGCAGGUUAUGGCGAUACCCGGGUCGUGGACACACAAGAGCUUUUGGCCUGUCACAAGCUGUGGAAACCAGGAAGGCUUUUCUCCACAGUCUGCGUCCUCUCUUUACCGCCACGCAGUUACGGUGGAAGUUCUCCGAAUCCUGUUCCAGAAGAAAGAAGAGUGAGCUGGUAUUGUAACUUUCUAGAGCGCAGCCUGUUUUCUUUUUCUUUUUGGCGUGAAACGAGAGGGGAGUGCUCAACCCGCACACUCAUCCGUGUAAGCAACUGCAUCUGCCCUGCAUUUUGCAUUUAAUACCCCAGUACCUUUCCUUUGGGUGGGGCUGGCAGUUAUUUCUCAUUGUGUGGUUAUAAUGAUGUCCUUCAUCCUUCCCAGCGAGGUCACCCACGCUUUCCAGAGCAAUAUUUUCAGCUACUGGGUCACAAAUGCAGCUGGUAUAAAUCACUCCACUGACUUCCAGGGAGCAACUCUGAUCGAUAGCAGCUUGAGGACGGAUCCCUGAUGUGUGGGCAGCAUUGGGUGGGAGGCCUCCUGGCCCACAGAACACCAAGC